AUGCCCUGGACUAGGCCGCAGGUGGAGGUGCAACCGGGCGCUGCGGAGGCCCCACAACCGGCGGCGGCGGCGCAGGACCACCACUACGAGGGCUCGCUGUUCCCCACCUCAACACUGGUGCCGGUGACGGUGGUGUGCAUGGCCAUCUUCCUGGUGGGUGUGGCCGGCAACACCAUGACCAUCCUGAUCAUCCAGCACUCCAAGGACAUGAAGACCACCACCAACCUGUACCUGUCCAGCAUGGCGGUGUCCGACCUGCUCAUCUUCCUGUGCCUGCCCUUCGACCUGUACCGCCUGUGGCAGUACGUGCCCUGGCUGUUCGGUGAGGUGGUGUGCCUUCUCUACCACUACGUCUUCGAGGGCUGCACCUCGGCCACCAUUUUGCACAUCACGGCGCUCAGUGUGGAGCGCUACCUGGCCAUCAGCUUCCCGCUCAGGACCAAGGCGCUGGUGACCAGGCGGCGGGUGCAUUACGUCAUUGCCGCCCUAUGGGCCUUCGCCCUGGUGUCGGCGGCACCCACGCUCUUCCUGGUGGGCGUGGAGUACGACAACGACACGUGGCCCGACCUCGCCGCCGGCCAGUGCAAGCACACGGGCGACGCCAUCAGCUCGGGCCAGCUGCACAUCAUGCUGUGGGUGUCCACCGGGUACUUCUUCUGCCCCGUGCUCUGCCUGCUCCUGCUCUACGGCUCCAUCGCCCGCAAGCUGUGGAAGAGCAAGGGCGACAUACAGGGAACUAGUGCCUUGGCGCGCGAGCGCUCGCACCGUCAGACCGUCAACAUCCUGGUGGUGGUGGUGCUGGCCUUCAUCAUCUGCUGGCUGCCAUACCACAUCGGACGUAACCUGUUUGCCCAGGUGGACGACUACGACACAGCCAUGUUGAGCCAGAACUUCAACAUCGCGUCCAUGGUGCUGUGCUACCUCAGCGCCUCCAUCAACCCGGUGGUCUACAACCUCAUGUCACGCAAGUACCGCGCUGCCGCCAAGCGCCUCUUCCUGCUGCACCGCCAGCCCCGGGGACCCCGACGUCAGCCCCGGGGUCCCCACCUCCAGCGCCGCCGCAUGGAGCAUGUGGCCUCGCUGGACCAGAGCUUGACGAGCGUGUGA